AAAGGUGCGGAGGCGGCCUGCAGGGGUGGUUCGGCUUCCCGUUGCCGCCUUGGUCGCUGUACCCAGAGCUGGGAGCCGAGCAGCGCAGCCGCGCGCGCCCGGCAGGGCUGGGCCGGACUCGGGACGCGCGAGAGGGGCCAUGCGGGGAGGCAGGGGCGUCCCUUUCUGGCCGUGGCCGCUGCCCAAGCUGGCGCUGCUGCCUCUGCUGUGGGUGCUUUUCCAGCGGACGCGUCCCCAGGGCAGCGCCGGGCCACUGCAGUGCUACGGAGUUGGACCCUUAGGCGACUUGAACUGCUCGUGGGAGCCACUUGGGGACGUAGGAGCCCCCUCCGAGUUACAUUUCCAGAGCCAAAAGUACAGGCCCUGGGCCCAUCACGCUCACCUGUCUCUCCCCCAGCUGGAACUGGAGCUGAAGACCAUACCCCUGGCCCCUGUUGAGAUCCAAGAUUUGGAGCUAGCCACUGGCUACCAAGUGUAUGGCCGCUGCCGAAUGGAGAAAGAAGAGGAUUUGUGGGGCGAGUGGAGCCCCAUUUUGUCCUUCCAGACACCGCCUUCUGCUCCAAAAGAUGUGUGGGUAUCAGGGAACCUCUGUGGGACGCCUGGAGGAGAGGAACCCUUGCUUCUGUGGAAGGCCCCAGGGCCCUGUGUGCAGGUGAGCUACAAAGUCUGGUUCUGGGUUGGAGGUCGUGAGCUGAGUCCGGAAGGAGUUACCUGCUGCUGCUCCCUUAUUCCCAGCGGGGCAGAGUGGGCCAGAGUGUCCGCUAUCAACGCCACAAGCUGGGAGCCUCUCACCAACCUCUCUUUGGUCUGCUUGGACUCAGCCUCUGCCCCCCAUAGCGUGGCGGUCAGCAGCAUCGCUGGGAGCACGGAGCUACUGGUGACCUGGCGACCGGGGCCUGGGGAGCCACGGGAGCAUGUAGUGGACUGGACUCGAGAUGGGGACCCCCUGGAGAAACUCAACUGGGUCCGGCUUCCCCCUGGGAACUUCAGUGCGCUGUUACCAGGGAAUUUCACAGUCGGGGUCCCCUAUCGAAUCACUGUGACCGCAGUUUCUGCUUCGGGUUUGGCCCCUGCACCCCCUAUCUGGGGGUUCAGAGAGGAACUAGCACCCCUAGUGGGGCCAACGCUUUGGCGACUCCAAGAUGCCCCUCCAGGGACCCCCGCCAUAGCGUGGGGAGAGGUCCCAAGGCACCAGCUUCGAGGACACCUCACCCACUACACCUUGUGUGCCCAGGGUGGAACCAGCCCCUCCGUCUGCAUGAAUUUGAGUGGCAACACACAGAGUGUCACCCUGCCUGACCUUCCUUGGGGUCCCUGUCAGCUGUGGGUGACAGCAUCUACCAUCGCUGGACAGGGCCCUCCUGGUCCCAUCCUCCGGCUUCAUCUACCAGAUAACACCCUGAGGUGGAAAGUCCUGCCGGGCGUCCUGUUCUUGUGGGGCUUGUUCCUGAUGGGGUGUGGUCUGAGCCUGGCCACCUCUGGAAGGUGCUACCACCUAUGGCACAAGGUGCUGCCCCGCUGGGUCUGGGAGAAGGUUCCUGAUCCUGCCAACAGCAGUUCAGGCCAGCCCCACAUGGAGCAAGUGCCUGAGGCCCAGCCCCUUGGGGACUUGCCCAUCCUGGAAGUGGAGGAGAUGGAGCCCCCGCCGGUUGUGGAGUCCUCCCAGCCCCCCCAGGUCACCGCCCCGCUUGACUCUGGGUAUGAGAAGCACUUCCUGCCCACACCUGAGGAGCUGGGCCUUCUGGGCCCCCCCAGGCCACAGGUUCUGGCCUGAACCACACCUCUGGCUGGGGACUGCCAGCCAGGCCAGAGGGAUGCUCAUGCAGGUUGCACUCCAGUCCUGGAUUAGCCCUCUUGAUGGAUGAAGACACUGAGGGCUCAGAGAGUCUGAGUCACUUACCUGAGGACUCCCAGCCAGGCAAAGGUGGGAUUGAAGGACCCCUAUAGAGAAGGGCUUGGCCCCCAUGGGGAAGGCAUGGAUGGAAGACGGAGCAAAGGAAAAUACAUGAAAUUGACUGCCUGCCAAAAUCGGUUCCGCUAUAACAGAAUUGCAUUCGGACCCCAGCACAGUGGCUCACGCCUAUAAUCCCAGCACUUUGGCAGGCCAAGGUGGAAUGAUCACUUAAGGCCGGGAGUUCGAGACCAGCCUGGGCAACAGAGCAAGACCCCUUACUACAAAAAUGAAACAUCAAAAACAAAAACAAUUAGCUGGGCAUGAUGGCAUACAUCUGUAGUCGUAGCUACUUGGGAGGCUGAGGCGGGAGGAUUGGUUGAGCCCAGGAGUUCGAAGCUGUAGGGAGCUCUGAUUGCACCACUGCACUCCAGGCUGGGAGACAGAAUGAGACCUUAUCUUAAAAUUAAAUAAAUAAAACACAAAAAGAAAAAAGAAAAAAAAAAACACUGCAUUUGGGCAUCAUCUCAGCUCCCUUGCAGCCAGGUGCAGCAUGGACUGAGUUCUUGGCAAUAGAAUGUGGUCAGAAGUGACGUGCCAACACAGGGUCUGGGUGGGGACUCCCCCACACACUUUCCUUGCCUAUGAGCUGGAACAUAACACAUGCCUAUCUAUGAUCCAGCUUUGGCCAUACCCAAGGGGAAGGUGGAGCAAGAAAUGAAAAGGAACCUGAAUCCCUGAAUGACUGCAUGGAUCAGAACCACUGAGAAAAAUAAACUUUUAUAUUUUUAUA